AUGAGAUCCGGAAGCACAACUAUCAGCAUCUUGGCCUUAGCAUCCAAGGCCAAAGCUUUGAUCAAGCCAAACCUGCCCAUUGCCACCGACCUUGCCGUCCACUAUGACGACCUUGGAAUUAGUCCACAGCCGACAACUGGUCCAAAAGCUCCCGAGCUUCGCCGUCGAGACCUGGUAGAUGGCGAGACUCGAUAUGUUGCUGCCGAUAACACUGCCUCGGCUCUGGGCAAUGGAAGGGCCAUGUGCUGUGAUGAUGAGGGCAACGACUGCGGAGUUGCGACGACUUGCUACGACUUGGAAGAGCGGUUAGCCAUGACCACAACUAGCUCAGACAGAUAUGCGAUGUACUGUGACCUCGAGUUCCCAUUCUGUCAGACUGUGUCAAUCUACUCCGACAUCCUGGAUUAUGUCUGUGGCCAGACGAACACCUCCACCGAUCAGAAGGCAUUCAUCACCUACGACGGACAAGGGGAAAGGGAGUUCACUGCGUUUUAUCUACGUGACGGAACUACCACGACCCGAAUCGUGACAGACAUUCUAGAUCCAGGAUCCGAGAGCGACACUCCGACUGAAACGACGCGCAACCCCAAGCCGAAACCAGGACCCAACGAUGAUGAUGUGCCCGUUGGGGCCAUUGCUGGUGGCGUCGUUGGCGGUGUUGCGGCCAUUGCAAUAGGUGCACUGGCACUCUUCUGCUACAUGCGUCGUCGCCGAACGCGGAAGCAAGGGGAGCAGCAGCAGCAACAGCAACAGCAAAACCAGUACCCCCCGAUGCAGACAGUACCACCCAUGUAUCCGCAAGAAUACCCAAAGACACAGGGUCCUCAAGUCCAGCAAUCCUACAUGGGUGCUGGAAGCCCCCAGUCCCCGACCGAGUACAUGACCGUGUCCGGGAGCCCAACGAUAACGGACCCCAGGAUCAAUAUCAUGAGUGGCCAAAGUCCGCCGACGUACUGGAAUGCGGCGCCAAAGGAUCAGCAGGGGACGACGGAGCAGCCGGGUGUGUUUUAUGAGGCGCCGGCGCGGCCGAAUGAGCGAAGGGAGAAUAAUACGCAGGAGCUUGCAUAA